AAAGAAUUAAAGUAUAAAAAUUAUUUACGAAGUUGAUGACCUUUAAAACGCGUCAUCGCAGUCUGUAAAAAAAGGUCCUUGACUUUUUUUCUUUAGAAUUGUGAGAUAACCUCGGAAUUGCGAGGAAAAAAGAUCAGAAUUGUGAAAUAAAAAGUCAGUUACCUUUCUUAAUUUUUAUUCGUGACUGAAACAAGCUUCCCAUACUUGAAACAAAUUGGGAAUCUGGUCUUUCACGAAACAAUAACAAACAUUCGCAAAUCCAUUCGUUUCAUUACAGAGCAGAGGAGGAUGCUUUUGAGCAGCGCUCCACCUGCAGGUUAAACCGAGAACUGCCAAUCCGGAGCGAGUGAGUGCGGGCGGGGGAUGGAAGAGCAUCAAGCAGAUUAACUGUGGGGGAAAAGGACAGACGCAGCAUUGUCUGUUUACAUCGAUAUCAUUUAUGUAGAUUACUGUUAACUAGUGCGUGAUAGCUGAUUUACAGAGGCAGUAUUUCGUAAGCUUAAUGAAUACACGCGAUGGCGACCGAAUGCGACCAAGAAGCAGUUUUAUAUUUCAUAAAGGAGAAGGGAGGGCGCGUGAAGAACGUGGAUUUAACGGAUCAUUUUCGAGCGACAAUCCCCAAAGAUCCUGCGUUAAAACAAGUGGCAAAGGAAGCCUUUAAACGGUAUGUAGACAGUGUGGCUUACGUUAAAGAGGAAAAUGGCGAGAAAUACGUUUGCCUUAAAAAGAAAUUUAGGCGUUCAAACGAGAAGAGUGACAGAAAUGGUCCAGCCGAUGAGCUCAAAUCCCAUGAAGAAUAUGAGGCCUCUGCCAGCAAAAGUGGAGUAUAUGAAGGCAUGUUACCUGGCUCAGGUUACGGAACUACAAAUGCGGGAGGUGCAAAAUCACAGCCGGAUAUUUCUGUCAAGUUUUCAGUGGGUGUGAACGGCAGAACAGAAUCUGACAUGGGGAAUUCAAGCAGCAGCACGGCGGAGGACAAAACUGGUUUAAGUCUGAAAAUAAACCAAUCACAGGCGGCAGAUAAAAGCCCAAGACCCGAGAUAUCAGUGAGAGAGAAUGAGGGAACUGCGUGUAUUUCGGCAUGUGAAGCGAAAGACGAAUCAAAGGAUGAGGCUGGAAAAGAAAACACACCUGGGCAGGUCAAUAAUUUGACAGAUGACUCCAUCAGCAACAGCCGGAAGCAUUUCGCCCAGGCUUUGGUGAACAGUUCACCGCAGGUUCGUCGCAGCGGAGCUCUGAGAAACUCCGUUUAUCUCUCGGGAAAGUGUAGAGACUGCCCGCGGCCUGACGGCGACUAUGAGCCUGCGUCGGUGACGCUGGAGCCGCUGGAACACGACUGGAUGAUGUGCGCGUCUGACGGACACUGGGAGAGUCUCCAUCGGUUGCUCGUUAGAGAUCCCAGCCUCAUAACUAGGAAAGACUUCAUUACGGGAUUCACCUGUCUGCACUGGGCUGCAAAGCUCGGGAAACACGAACUGAUUGUAAUGCUUGUCAACUUUGCCACAGAACAUCAGAUCGCUCUGAACGUCAACGCGCGUUCCAGCGCGGGCUACACACCUCUCCAUUUAGCGGCGAUGCAUAAUCACCUCGAGGUCGUCAAAUUGUUAGUCGGAGCGUUUGACGCCGAUGUGGAGGCUCGAGAUUACAACGGAAGAAAAGCGUGCCAGUACCUUAAGAGUGACAUUGCGCAAAACAUUCUGGACAUCGUGGGCGCGUGCGUGGAAUCUGACAACGUGGAUGUUGGAGAUUCGGGUCGCUGGAGAUUGUCGAGGGUCAUUCAGUCCAAUUUCAGACCUCUGAAACCACUAAACCACAACAGCAGCGAAGAGGACGCACGAGACGGCAGCGGCGUGACCAGACAGAAAUCUCUCCUCAGGAAAUCUUCCUUUACUAAAAUGAGACCGAGUCUAAAUAAAAUCCGCCUCAGGUCGCAGAUAGUGCACAGCACUUCUCUCCUAGAUAGAUUUGAGAAAGAUUCAACAGAAGAGCCUCCACACCUCUUAAGACCCAAAUCAACCCUUUUUGGGUGACACUAAGAAAAGGUUCUAUAUGGAACCUUAAAAUAUUCCUUCAGGCGCUUCACAUAGAACCUUUUGGGGGUUCCCAUCAUGGGAUCACUUUAUGGAUUUAGUUUUAAUUAAUUUUGAUGUAAUUCAAUUUUAUGAAUUAAGCAGCUCAUAAACAUUCAUCACUAGAAAAACUGAAAUAACGCAUUAAACAGUUAUAAAGUAUUAUGCAAUAAUUUAAGACAUUUCUUCUUAUAUCGAACCUUUUGAGUCAAGAACCCAAGAGUUCUAUAUAGAACCACACUGAACAGCAUUUGCUCACUGGGGGCUUUUUUAUAUCCUGUUUUGCACAGUAUGGAUUAUGAUACUGAAUUUUAAAACGGUAAAACAUUAUGGUGGUCUGAUUUAUUAAGUGUUAAGCAAGGGAUACAAUGUAACAUUUUUGUCCUUAUUACAGGUUUUCAUUUUGUUAAAACUGCAUUAGAAGAGUAGCACAACUAGGUAGUGUCCUGAACAGUUAAAGGUGCAGUAAGCAAUUUCUGAGAAACACUGUUUAAAGUGGAUUGGACCGAGCACCAAAACACACUUGUAGCCAGUUAGCAGUAAGGGACAUGAUUUGCGCAUCCUCGUUUCCUUUCCUCGUGUCUUAGCUCCACCCCCUUAGGAUGCGAGGGAAGGAUACACCUGUGUGUCCUUGCUCAUGGCUCCUUAGGAAGUGUCCUCGCUCCUCAUUCCUCGCGGUACAAUUAGAGAAUUGAGAUGUCCUUCAAGAUGGCGGAGUACGGUCGGUUUCCAGGUCAUGGGCUGAAGUACUGAGGAGCAAGGAAACAAAGAAGCAUCAAUUUUAGUAUUGAGAAGCACCCAUACAUUCAUGAAGGGGGAGGUGCCUGUGUUGCAUAGCAUGUUUGUGAAUUUGGGGGCGGAGCUAUCAAGAUAGGGGUGUGAUCCUUUUGGGAAGGGGCAUAUUUGUUUUGGUGAUUUCAAAUGUAAGCAUUUUGCUUACUGCACCUUUAAUGUAAAAUUGUGAGAUAUUCUAAACAUAUCUAUAAGUAUUUGUGUAUGGGGGGGGGGGUGAUUUGUAAAAUAUAUAUAUUGUUUUUCACAAGAAAUACUUUUUGAUCCACCAGACAGAUCUGAUGCUUAGAGGACCUUUUAACAGUUUUUGUGAUGUGUUAAUAAAACCAUCAUUGUAUCAAACAGUAUGAUAUUUCUUGCACUUUUGAUUUUCAGUGGUCUAAAGACUUCACUGUCAUGUACUUGCAGGCUUUAUUUCGCAGAAGGAAACUGCUUUAUAGUGACACACCAUUGCUAUAUUCAUUUAAAUAUAAUGAGAAGCCUUGAAAUGUGAAUACCGGAUGCACUGUUUUUGUGAUUAUUUUAAUAUGUUUAUGAUAUUCAAGGGUUGCGGAACAAUACUUUUUAUUUAUUUUUUAGUAUUUGUAUUUCCGAUUCAGGGACUUUUGGGCUCAAGACACAAAGAAUCAAAUUUUCCUUGAUGCUUUUUGACAUGUAGUGUAUUGUACUAUAACAACUGUAUAGUUUGAAGCUAAACUGCAAGGAUGCCUCAUUCUGUGUUUUCAUUUCAUUGUGACAUCACUAUGGGCCUUUUUGUCAUCACAGGGCAACACAUUAUUGGCUAAUUUUACAUCAUGACCUCCUUGACCCGCCCACGUCUGCCCAUGUAGGCAGGGGCGGACUGGCCAUCUGUGUGAUCUGGAGAAUCACAGAACAGCCGGUAAUCCAGGACGGCCGGCGGGCCGGCCCACCACCCGCCACACACGCAGUCAUCAUCUGUUUUUCCCCCCCACUAAUCUGUUUCACACUCCAGUACUGUAGGUGGCAGCAAUGCACCUUUAAGUUGGAUGCCAGCUGCACUGGCCGUGGCCGCCAAGUAACCAGCAAAGACUUUAGCUCAGUGGUCUCAAACUGCCGGCCCGCGGGCCAUUUACGGCACGCCUACCACCUCUACCCGGCCCGCAACUUAUCUCAAAAAUAAAACAUAAUCCGGCCCGCUAAAUUAUUAUUAUUAUUAUUAUUAUUAUUCUCUAGUUGCUACCUGUCUGAUAUGCAAAGAAAAAGUCGCCGCUCUAAGGGGUAUUCACAUAUCGCGUCACAUAAGCGGCCGCGCCGCAUUCUCCUUUCCAAUGUGCUUUCGCUCCAGUGGCGACUGCCGUUGCUAUGCAACCAUGAGCCGCGCUCUCAAUCGCUUAUAUUAUGAGCGUGCUUGCCUAAAUUACAGUAAAAGCACUCGACUUUAAGUCAUGAGCGCCGAUUUAAACCACCGAAACGCGUCCGAUGCAGCCAUUAAACGUUACCGAUGCUCAAACGGCAUCUUGGACAAA